CCCCACCAACAACCCCCCUUCACCUUCCCCCGCGAGUACUACUUCCCAGCCUUCUACACCCGCCAAACCAACCUCAACACCCUCCACGCCCAGCUCGUCAAGUGGUCCUCCCUCGUCCUCUCCUACUGCCGCCACUACCGCAUCUUCAAGCUCCCGCUCUCCCUCGCGACAACGUCCUCCUCCUCCUCCGCCGCCGCCGCAACCACCGACGCAGCACCCUCCUCCUCCCCGCCAAACACCGACGAGCUCUUCCACAACCGCCGCCUCAACCGCCGCCUCGCCCUCUCCGACAUCCGCGAGGUCAUCGACUUCAUGCGCAGGGAUGGGCGGGCCGAGUACGUCUCCUCCGGCGGCGGUGGCGGCGGCGGUGAUCUCGUCUGGAUCUACUGGCGCACGCCGGAGGAGUGGGCGGCGCUGGUGGAAGGGUGGGUGGAUGAGACGGGGCAGAAGGGGACUGUGUUGACGUUGUAUGAGCUGACGCAGGGGGACGCGACCAUAGGAACCGAGUUCCACGGCCUCGACCAAGAUCUCCUGCAGAAAGCCUUGAAUGUGCUCGUCAAGAGAGGGAAAGCGCAGAUCUUUGGACAGGAGGAUUCGCAAGGCGUCAAGUUCUUUUGA